CACACACAUAUGUAUCUCACCUUGAGUAAUUCAAUUGCAAUUUUUUAGAGAUGGAAGGAGUUAACCAAUGGCUACCACACACACUAAUUAUAUGUGUAUUGACAAUUCUAAAAAUACAAGGCACAAGUGAAGUGCCUAUAACCAUCAUUGAAGGAGCCCUGGCCAAAGGAGCAGUUUGUUUGGAUGGAAGCCCGCCAGCAUACCAGUUUGAUACAGGUUUUGGAGUAAGUGUUAACAAUUGGCUAGUCCACAUACAGGGCGGAGGAUGGUGCAGUUCAGUAGAUGACUGCCGUACACGAACAUAUAGUCAAUAUGGUUCAUCCAAGAAGAUGAAAAGUACUGACUAUAAUUUCACUGGGAUUAUGAGCAACAAGCCAGAAUCAAAUCCAAACUUCUACAACUGGAAUAGGGUUGUCAUUAGGUAUUGUGAUGGAUCAUCGUUGACGGGAGAUAUAGAAGCAGUUGAUCCUGCUACAAAUCUUCACUUUAGGGGUGCAAGGGUCUUCAAUGUCAUUAUGGAGGAAUUACUUGGCAAAGGAAUGAAGUCUGCAUCAAAUGCUCUUUUGUCAGGGUCUUCAGCUGGUGGAUUGGCUUCCAUACUACAUUGUGACAAAUUUCGAGCAUUCUUUCCAACAAGUACCCGAGUGAAAUGUUUUUCGGACGCUGGUUAUUUUGCUCAUGUAAAAGACCUCUCUGGAGAAUAUAAAUUUGAGGGAUACUAUGAUCACAUUGUUACAUUACAUGGAUCAGCCAAGAACUUGUAUCCUGAAUGCACUUCAAAAAUGAAGCCUAGUUUGUGCUUCUAUCCACAAUUUGCCAUACCAUAUGUCCAAACGCCUGUAUUCAUAUUGCACGCCACGUAUGAUACGUUUCAGGUACAAAACAUCUUGGCCACACCACAAGCAGAUCCAAAAGGACUAUUUACCAAAUGCAAGCAAGACAUAAAUGCAUGCUCAGCAGAUCAAAUCCAAAGUCUACAAGAUUUUAGAUCAGAGUUCUUAGAUGCACUAUCGGUUGUUGGAAAUGGUGCAUCGAGAGGAUGGUUUGUCAACAACUGUUUUACACAUGGCCAGUGCGAAUACCAGUCAAAAUGGUUAGGAAAUCCUUCUUCCACAUUGAACCACAAGGCUAUUGCGAACGCAGUUGGUGAUUGGUUUUAUGACAGAAGCACGGUCCAGAUGAUUGAUAACCAAACUGUGUUACCACACUAUUGCACCAAUUAGUCAAAAUCAUUAAUGUUUAGUUUUCAUGGCAUGUGCCAAAUAAUGCAAUAAUAAUUAUUAUUAAUAAUAAAGAGAUUUAUAUA